AAGAGACUCCAUGAACUAUUGUCAUGCGAUUGGCAUCUUGCUGGCAACUUUCGAGAGCAUGGUGCAGUUCAUUCUGAGGGUAUUACCCCCGAGUAAACUCCGUGCAUCCCACCUUCCGCAUCAGCUAUCACCUCCCCUUUGCGCUUUACAACAUAAGCUUCCACAUACGCGCAAGACACUAGAUAUAAGUGGUUUACUGCGUAAACAGGAGAUACACACUCUCGCACUGUUGCACUGGAGGCUCAGGACACCCCAAUGAGAGCGACAGAUCAAAGCCGGCCGAGCAGUCGGCGGGGGGCGUCCGGCGCAUGGAAUCGAUUAAAACCGCCGCGAGAAGAUGCUCUUGAGAGCUACGGCCUACCGUCUAAAGGAGAAACCAGACUCAACGACUUCAAAACUCAAGAGAUAUAUUACAACCGUAUUGUAGAGCGAUAUAUGAAGUUUUGCGCCGCUUCACCUAACGGCAGCGACCUUGAUGCACACUUCGCCUCUUUAUCUAUACAGUCGACUAGUCUGAAGUCAUCUACAAUCACAACAGAGGAACCACAGACCAUCCCUGAUCCGCCAAUGGCUAACACGUCCACCGGUGAACUUGCCAAAAUCCUCUCUGCACUUCGUAAGCUUCGAGAAGGCAUUACCGCGACAGCACGCUGUGACCUUUUCGCCAAACGGGCUUACAUAUUCAAUGUUCAUGCCGCAAUUCUUUGCAGAGAUUGGGAGUCGUAUCACCCUGCCUUGGUUACUCUCCUGAAUAAGAUUCAUCCGCAAACACCACUCACUCCUGCGGAACUACAUGAGUAUGUUGGUUACCUGAUAUUAGAUCAAGCCUGCCGCCAGGGUGACUAUACUGGAGCACACGAGACAAGAUUGAAAUAUAAAUACAUGGAUUGGAGGGUACAAUGCGUGCUCCAAGCUCUGGUGGCUGACAAUUGGGUUGUAUUUUGGAAGAUGAAGAAGGCAGUUGAUGGAUAUCAACGGAGAAUCAUGGGCUAUGCGGAGCAAACAAUAAGGGUGCAUGCCCUCAAGUGCUUAGGAAGGGGCUACAUGAGCGCAGACAAAAGAUUUAUCGAGUCUUGCGCAGAUAGACAGUGGUCUGAUUUGGUUGACGAUGGAGUGGGUUGGGAAUUGACGGAAACGGAUAGAGUGAUCAUCAAGAAGCCGAAGGCGAAAUGAUGACCCGAGCAAUCGCUCUCCCUUGUUAGAAUGCUCUAUUAUGAUGACCAGAGGUAUGAUAUAGGGAACGGAGUAGUACAUGCUAUAACCUAAAGAAUAUAUGGAUAUACCAAGUGAACGAUGAAGACCCCAUGCGGAAUGGGAUAAUGUCGAAAAAGACGAUCACG